AGUCUGGAGCUGACGACCCAGGUAAAUCACAGAACGCACAGCCUGUGAUUGAUUUAGACAUCGAGAGUAACAUUCCGGAGACUGUACAAGAUCACAUCAGACAGAUUAUGUCUCAAAGGCCUAAUGGUAUUUAUGCAAGUCGUUUGCCUUUUGAAUAUAAGAGCAUGUUCAAGAAAGACCUGCCUUACAAAACGUAUGGAUACAACAGCGUUAUUGAGUUUGCUGCAGAUUUGACCCACAUUGUGCUGAUCGAGAGGCCUCAUCCACAGGGCGACUGGCAUCUGUUGCCUGCUAGUUGUGAGCAGACUACAGGUAACAAAUCCAAGCAGCAAGAUGAAGAGAAUGAGGAAGUAGAACUGAAGAUAGAUCAGUCGACACAGGAGACCAUUUCUCAAGUACUCAGGAUGCAGACGGAGGGAAUUCUUCUAGAAAGAUUUGAAAGCGAGUACAAGCUGAUGACAGGUCAUGCCUUAGACUACAGCAGACAUGGCGCUAGAAGCCUCAGGCAAUUCCUUCAGGCUGUUCCAGAUGUCUGUAUCUCCUCAAAUACAUUAGGCAAGUAUGUGGUUUGCUUGAAAGUCAUUGUUGGGCCCCGACGAUUUGACAAACUGCAGGACCAGUAUCAACCCAUUAUAGCACCAGACAGCCAGCCUGUAUUGCAUUUGCCCAGUGACGCUGUCAGUCCAGGAUGCUGCUACAGUCCCCAGCCAAUGCCAGUUUUCCCCGAUGAGUCUGCCAAGUACAUUGAUCUCUAUGUCUCCUAUGUUAUCAGCCCAGACAUAUUUUGGAUUCAGCUUCGGGGACUAGAAACUACCGUAGCCCUUGAGGAUUUGAUGGAUGAGAUUGAGAAAGUUUACCGAGGUAAACAUCUGCCACCAGGCUAUGAGAUGACGACAAGUUUAGCCAAACCUGGUAUGAUUUGUGCUGCCAUCUUUCCUGAAGACGGCCACUGGUACCGAGCCAUCAUCACAGAGGUCAAAGAUCAGCUUUAUGAGGUGUGUUACGUUGAUUAUGGAAACGUCUGCUCCGUCAGCAUUUCAUCAUUGAGGCUUCUCAAAACCAAGUUUCUCAAGUUUCCAGCCCAGGCUAUUCGUGCUAGGCUCAGCAACAUCAAGCCAGUAGAUGGAGUCUGGCGGGUAAACUCAAAGUUGCGGCUGCUGGAUCUCUGCAGAGAAAAGCCUCUAGUGGGAUUUGUGACCAGCAUUAAGGACGGAGUUAUUUCUCUCUGUUUGACGGACACAAACAAUGAGUAUGACAUCCACAUCAAUGAUGUUUUUGUUAGUGAGGGCUAUGCUGUCCUUUCUCCAGACCAUGAUCUGACGGAUUUGCUGCUUGCUUCUCAAUGUUCAUCUUCUUGGUGGUUUUCUUCAGCACGCCAAACAUUUCACAGACUGCUUCCACAGAAACUGCUGGCUCACAAAGAACACUGUUU